AUGCCCAGCGACGUGAUUGAGCUGGAGUCCAGACAGGGGAAGCAUCAGUACGCCUCAUCAGGCCCACUCUCGGCCGUGAUAUCGAUGCUGGCUUCCCUACGGGUCAACAAGAUAUGGCGACUUCUCAGCCCAUGGCCGAGGACACAUGGACAAUCAGACAAACUACGACCGACGGCAUAUCUCGAUGGCCUUAGGGGCUUUGCCGCUUUUCUCGUUUACAUUCACCACCACCAACUCUGGGCUCACGUGCCCGAUCAGAGGCUGUUCUUCGAGUCCUCGUUUUGCUACGAUGGCUACUGCUACUUCGCAGCCUUGCCCUUCGUCCGCAUCCUUUUCCACGGCGGCCACUUUGCCGUGGCUACCUUCUUCGUCAUCUCGGGAUAUGUCCUCUCGAUGAAGCCCAUGAGCUUGAUCCAAUCAGGCGACCAGGCAAAGCUUGCUGACAAUUUGGGAUCCGCGUUGUUUCGGCGAUGGCUGCGGCUCUACAUCCCAUUAAUCACCACAACGUUUAUUUACAUGGUUUUUACCUACGUCUUCAACAUCUGGGUUUUACCUCUGAAGAGGGCGUCCUCGUUGGGCGCUGAGAUCUGGGGGUGGUACUGUGAGGUCAAAAACUUCACCUUCAUCUUCCACACCAGAGCUGAGAUCUUGUCUUACAACUUCCACCUCUGGUCCAUCCCUGUCGAGAUGAAAGGGUCCAUCGUCGUGUACACGGCGGCGCUUGCCUUUGCGAGGUGCACACGAAACGCGCGGCUGUGGCUGCAAAUCGGGCUGAUGGGGUACUUCAUGUUCAUCGUGGAUGGGUGGUACUGUGCCCUUUUUGUUGCGGGCAUGUUCAUCAGCGACGUCGAACAACUCGCCAGCAAGAACGAGCUCCCGGCCUUUUUUGAGCGACUCCGACCGUACAAGAUGAUCAUCAUGUACCACUGCUUCUUCAUCGCCAUGUGGCUUGGGGGCAUCCCGGCUCACAGCGCGGAUGUGAAGGAGUUGAGAAAGAACCCGGGGUGGUACUACUUGUCAUUCCUCAAGUCGCAGUCCAUCUACGACGUCAAGUGGUUUUUCCUCUUCUUUGCAGCCGUCAUGCUGGUGGCUGCCAUCCCACACAUCGGAUGGGUCAAGCGUUUCUUUGAGACACGGUUCUGUCAGCACAUGGGGAGGAUAUCGUUUGCUUUCUAUCUCGUCCACGGCCCGGUGAUCUGGACGGUGGGAGAUCGGCUCUACGCGGCAGUUGGGUGGUGGGAGGAGCACCGAGUGAAGAACCUUCCUCAGUGGGUCAACAUCUGGGAGCUUCCCAAGACGGGACCCAUGGGGAUGGAGCUGAGCUUUCUGGCGCCACACAUCAUCCUCUUACCGCUGACAUUAUGGCUCGCCGAGAUUGUCACAAGGAUGUUUGACGAACCCAGCGUCAGGUUCCCGCAGUGGCUGUACAAGUCUACUACGACGGCAACCAAACCAACAAAGUUACCGGAGUAA